AUGGGAACCAGAGCCGUCGCCGUGGGGGCGGCACCAGGAGCAGCAGGAGUAUCCGGGGAGGCAGGUUUAGCGGGUGUACCCAGACUUCUGGAGGACCUGGCUCGUCUUUCCGAGGACAAAGAUACAGCUGACAUCGCCUUUCUGCUAGGAAGAGACGAGACGCCGGUGUACGCUCACAGAAUUAUCCUUCAAGCGAGGUGCAAGAACUUCACAGCCGCGAAGAGGAUCGGAACACCUGGAAAUCCGACGCCAGUUCGUAUGCCGCACGCUCAUCCAGAGACGUUUCGACAGUUCAUUCAUUAUAUUUAUACGGGCAAGAUCAUGCUGCAAGACAGUGGGAUUUUCGAGAUGCUAGGACUCGCCCAAGAACUCGGAGUUGAGGAACUUUGGAGAAGUUGCGAGGAACACGUCUCCGCCACUCUCAGCCCCGGAAACGCGUGUGCUCUUUUGACUGCGGCUCUGGAUGCCCAAGAGCGGGUUCCCGAAAUGUCGUACAAGGGGCCGCAGAAAGUUCAAAAGGUGAUGGUACAACCCAUCAACCUUAUAUUUCGAUACCUACAAAAUCGUUCGCGCGUGCAAGUUUGGUUAUUCGAGAACAUAAACCUACGAAUCGAGGGUCAUAUCGUUGGAUUCGACGAAUAUAUGAAUUUGGUACUGGACGAUGCCGAGGAGUAUCAUUUGAAGACGAAAAACAGGAAACCGCUCGGACGGAUUAUGUUGAAAGGCGACAAUAUAACAUUGAUACAAAACACAAAUCCAGGAGCGAAUUAAUAAUGUCGAAACAUAACCUCGGAGGACGUUCUAGGACAAACGAAAAAAGCGCAUUGUUGUAUAUCUC